AUGGACCUCUUUAUGGGUGCUGAAGGUGAACUGGUGAAUUUCUGUAAUGUUUACACAACCUGGUACACCAUGACCCAACCCCUGGAACCAGUGAAUUUCUGUAAUAUCAAAGAAUGGGUGGCAUUUCUGGUGGUGCUGGCCAUCUUUGGGAUUCAGUCUCAUGGACAUGAGGUUUUGAACAUCAUCAGUCCAGCCAACAAUGGUGUCAAUUUACAGGAGACAGUGACAAUUGAUAAUGAAAAAAAUACUGCCAUCAUUAACAUUCAUGCAGGCUCCUGCUCCUCUACCACAAUUUUUGACUACAAACAUGGCUACAUUGCUUCCAGAGUGCUGUCCCGAAGAGCCUGCUACAUCAUGAAGUUAGACCACAAAAUCAUCCCUGCUCUGGACCAGCUCAAACGUUACAUCUACGAGAGGCAGGCAAUGAACAACAUGUUCUCCAGCAAGUACACCUGGUUCAAGUACAACCCUCUGCAGUCUUUCCUCACCAAUGUGGAUUGGUUCAUAUUCGGGUCUCCCAUUGAGAAGCUCUGCAGACAUAUCCCCCUGUAUAAAGCGGAAGUGAUUGAAAAACCAAAGUCACAUACUACUGGUGCUGGAGCCUGUGCCAAGGCUGGGCUUCUGGGCAUCUUUGGAAUUUCCGUCUGCACAGAUCUUCACUUUUAGGCCUCAUCCCACUGGUUCCAUCUUUUCAAAGAAGUGCACCCUGGUUUCCACUCAGCAACCAAAUUAAACUCUUCCUCAAUACUUCCAAAUUAAUUUCAAGGUUCAAUAGUAAAACAUAAAUGCUAUAUUUACAGAUA